CCUGGGAGUCACUCCGAAACACAUUCGACUUGUACUCUAUUCCUCUUCUCUCAUUAGAGAUGACUGGAGCCGCUGUGUCCUUGUGUUUAUUCUUCCUCAUGUCUUUCUGUUCAGCCUGCUACAUCUCCAACUGUCCCAUCGGGGGCAAGAGGUCCAUCAUGGACUCUCCACAACGCAAGUGCAUGUUGUGUGGGCCAGGGGAGCAGGGCCGCUGCUUCGGCCCCAGUAUCUGCUGUGGGGAAGGGUUGGGCUGCUGGAUGGGCUCCCCAGAGACGGCACGCUGCAUGGAGGAGAACUACCUGUCCACCCCCUGCCAGGCAGGAGGGAGACCCUGUGGAUCUGAAGCAGGACGCUGCGCUGCACCAGGCAUCUGUUGUGACUCAGAGGGCUGCAGUGCGGACCAAUCCUGUCUGGCAGAGGAGGAAGGCGACAAUCAAAUCAGCCAAUCAGAGGGCAGUGAUGACGUCCUCCUCAGGCUCCUUCACUUGGCUGGCCACACCCCUCCUCAUCGAGUCCGCCAAUGAGCUGCCAGUGAUGCCAGGGUCCAUGGGGGACACUUGAGAGAUUGGUUGUUAGGAUUUGUAGUUCAAAGUAACCUAGUUGUAGUUCAUUGAUCAAUUAAUCUAUUUCACCUACCCACCCAUUUACUGGCCUCCUUCAGUUUAUAGGCAACCUCACUGGAUUGGACCCUGAGCACUCCUCUGUAGAUUGCCUUUAUAUUGCAUACUAAUAUAUUUUACAUACUGUAUGUAUAGGAAUAGCUAUGAUUAAUCUUACAAGUGUAAAGAGUCCACGUGUAUUUUAA